AGAAUGUUGUUCAGUCACACAGCGAGCACGGCGACCGUCGACUUCUAGGAUGGAGAACGAAAUCAUCUAUUCCACGGUGGUCUUCAGUAAGAAGGAUGGCGCUCCGGAGAAGAAAAAAGACCCCACAGUUGAUCCUAAAGGGAAACCUGAGGAGGCUCCUAACGCACCAGACGGCAAAGAAGCCGCGUGCUCCCGCUUUGCUGCGUUGCUGGCGUGCUCGGGGACACUUUGUGUCCUGCUGACGGCGAGCGUCACCGUCGUUGUCUACCUCGGUUCCGUAAUGAAGGAACAGGAAGCGAACCUCAGCCGGCUCAACGCGGAGAAGCAGCUGCUGCUGGAGGAGAUGAGCAUCUUAAGCUCCGUCACACACCAUCUCAACUGGACACUGGGAGUCAUCAUGCACUAUCACGCCUUUCCAGUGGUCGACUUCUGCCCGGAUAAAAAGUGUCAGCCGUGUCGGAAAUACUGGGUUCUGUUCCAGGAAAAGUGCUACCUGUUUCCACCCGGUGAACAACCCCCCUGGAACACAUGGGAGGACAGCAGGAGGUUUUGCCAAAAUGCAGCUGCAGACCUCGUUGUUAUCGAUAAUCUGCAAGAACUGGAAUUCAUCAGUAAUCACACCAAGUUCUACCACGACCAGUAUCAUGGAUACUGGCUCGGGCUGCGUAAAGUCGAGGACACAAACUGGGUUUGGGUCGAUGGACGAAAUUACACUGUCGGGAGCCGGUUAACGAAAGACAUUGGUACGUCUCUCCGAUGUGGACUGAUGGUCCCUGAGAGGAAGCCCUCAGCCAGCUGGAGUCCAGCAGACUGUUACAUGAGAAACAAAUUCAUCUGUGAGGCCGACGCCCUGAUACGGUCCGAUUUGUGAGCGCUACCGUGGUUCUCUGGCGCUGGCUGCUAAAUCGCAUCAUCGCCAAUCGAAUGCAAGUGUUAAUUGUGGUUUGUAAAAUACCUCAGAAGUCACGAUAAGUGGAGAAGCUCAACUAUAUUUAACCGUUUAAUCACCUUUGAACUGUUGCAGCAAAAUCAGAAACCUUCCCUGGGAGGGUACUGUGCAUUUCAUCCCGAUAUCAAUGACAUACAAUCUAGUAAGACUGACUUAGAGAAUACGAGCCAACGAAACAUGUGAAGUGUUUCUCCGAAAGGACCAAGACUCAAAAUCCUUAAAGUGAGAUGACUUUUGCAAAGUUCACAUCAUUACAUUUGCAAACUGAUGCAACAAAGUUAUUUUCCUGCUGCAUGUUUUCAAUGUUUCUGGUGUUACAUAAAGACUGAUGAGUCAAAAUAUGUUGUGCAAGCCGUGUAUAUUUGACUGGAAGACGUUUUAAGCCCCUUGAUUUUGUUAUUCACUUAAAUGUUAUAUAUAGUAUAUGUUUGUCUCCUUUGCUGUGCUUGCUCAUGUUUUUAUCAGAGUAGUAUCUUAAUAUACUACACAGUAGUAUACGGCUCACACUAUAGACAGACAAUAUAGCAUUUAGUGAUGUUUUUUAAAUCACAUAAAAUACAGUACGUGUAACUUUGUGAAGAGAAUUGUACUAUUGAAAAGAAAAAAAA